AUGCAGUGGGCACAAGUUGCUCUUGGUAAUGAGUCUUUUAUCGAUCUCUAUACUGCGCGCUCUUACUGCUGGCUGGGAAAGCGAAAAGCCUGCCCACUCAUUAGAGAACAGGCUUCUUCGGACCCCUGCGUGGUGAGAUGCAGCUGAAUGCAAGAUGAGUUAUUAGUCAUGAUGAUGCCAGCUCACUGUGUGUGAAAUGAUCAAAUCUCCACAAAUAUAAAACCUUGAAUAUCCAUGUGUUUGGGGCACAUUUGAUAGUUUUCGGAGUGUUUCACAGAUAUGCUCUAAAUCGUUUGUUGAACCCAAAGUGUAAAUCAAUUAUCUCAGGCCAAGGCUGCAGACGAUAUCUGAAAAAGGCUAAAACUAACACUCUCUCUUGUGAUGAUAAAAGCUGGCUGUACUAAGUGUUUGGCUCUUUAUUGACCUGCAAUGCCAAUAAACAAAAAGGAAAGAAGGCUGAGCUUAGAAAAAGGAUUUUUAUUUUCAAAUGCUGGUAAAGUUUCUAUAGAAAUCCAGAAAACAAAUCAAAAGCACGUUGUAUUCAUACAAACACAGCUAUUUGAGCCCUUUAACUUCCAUCACAGAAAUACACAGCUCAAAGACCAAAUCUUUUACAGAUGAGGAGAAGACACCGACCGACUACAGCUCUUGAAGACGUCCAAACACUUCGACAUGAAAAGAAAACAUCACAGAUGGAGCGGUGAGUCAGAAGUUUAAACACACAGGUCAGCACAAACAUUGUAAUAUGACGAGUCAAAACUGUACAGAGACGAAAGCUAUCCUGUGAGAAAUUAACUCACAGAAGUAUGAAAGUGUCAGGUUGGAUGCUCUCUAAUUUAGGUCAACUAAUAACUAGAACCUGCAGAGACGAGGAGGCGUCAGCUGCAGAGAAACGUGUGACAUAAACCUUCAAAAACCUCUCUGUCAUUGCCUCUCGGUGCUCAAUCUUCCGGAAAAAUCGAGCCAUCUGGGGAAUUGAUCUUCACCACACGUUUGUGACUCAGGUCCUCAGUCCUGCACAGAAACUGGCUGCUGAUAAGUUAUGCCUGGAUCUGAAUUCCAUUAAAGCGAGACCGGACAGGGACAGAGUUUAUGUUGCAGUUGUCUGACUCGGCACACAGUGUUUUAUCGGAGAAGUCCCAGAGAGGAGGCACUUAGACUCGAUCCAAUCCUGAACCAGCAAAUAAACACAUAAGAAUUUACAGAUAAUUGAGUUUCUGACCAAAUAAAUGUUGUUUUGUUACAAUCAAAUAUGACGCAGGUUAAUGUCACAGCAGGUUAAUUCAGCUGUUUGGUGGUUUCUUGUAAUGACUCAAACUUUUCCUCUUCGAUACUGAUCAAUUUUUACUUCAAUAUGUUCACACUCCCAGUAAACUUGAGAGUUUUCUGUAAAUAAAACUUUUCUUUUUGUACCAAAGUUUGCAAAAGUUGUAGGCAAUCAGAGAAAGUCCUUAAAUUUCUUAGGGAAUAUGUUUUUGUAUACAUAUUUCCAACAGCACCCAGUACCUGCCUUACGUACACUAACUUGGCAUACUAUGUUCCUGUCAGAUGAUGUUUUCUGUGUAAUUCUGCACAUAUUUCAGAGCUGAGAGUUGAAAUCAUGAGUAAAGUUUGUGUUGAAAACUCAGAAGUCUUGAAGAGGUCAGCUGACUCUGCAGUAAAGGUCACUGAGCAACUUUAAUGAACUCAGCUCCUCUAAAUCCAGCUGGAUUACUCUCAUUAUUUUGUCAAAAAUUACAGUUUCAUUUCAGUAACAUCCAUUUUGAGCUAAACCAAACCAAGUCAUUCAUUUUAUCGAACUAUUCAAUGCAGUAAUGUUUCUCCAAUCUAGCAAGAUGAAAUAUGCAUCUAUGUAGUUUGAAAGCCUGAAAUCUUUGUUUCUGUGCUCUUAAAGUAGUCUGUCUGCACACACAAAGCGCAUGAAGGUUGCCGGGUAACGUAUGAAAAGGGACGGUUGUUCACUGGUAUCUAAGAUUGAGGACAAACUAAUUGCGAAUCAUAUGAUACCUUGUCUUUUAAAUUACUGAAACCGGAAUAAAAAGGAGCUCACCUGAGGAGGUCGGAUUAUCUGGUAAAUUGUACAAAAAACUUAGUCUAUCACUUGAUCCCGCCAGUUAGAUUAGCAGGUAUUACCGUAGAGGAUUUUACUCGCGCUUGAUGUGAACGCUCCAUAAGAAUACUUCACUGUGCACGGUCAUGGACUAUUUCUCAGAUGUAAAAAUUUGUAAUUUUUCAACCCGUAUAAUCAUCUUUUGAUUGAUCCUUGGCAUCAGAUUGUUGAGUUAAAACCCCAAAAUGCAAACUGACCAACUAACAUAUUAGCUCAAAUCAGUAGAGGGUUAUCGCUUACAACCGUUGUGGCAGGGGGAUGAAAGAUGGAGCGACACAGAGAUCGAAGUGACCAAAAAGUAUCUGGAGAUUUUACAAAUGGAAUCGGUGAACUGAACUUCAGUGUCACAGUGUGUUAUUUCCAAAGAUGGCAAACUCAAAAGGACUGUGUUCACCCUCGAAAGCUGCUGCUGCUUCAGAGAGUUGGGUGUUUUGAACUAAAACAGGAAGUCGAAUAACUAAUAGAGCUCACAUUACUUUGAUUUCUAAGAUAAAUAACAGUACAAGAGCUUAAUUUACUCGUGUAAGAACAUAUUAAAGUGGUUUAAAGGUAAUGCUUUAACACUAAUGUAAUUCGAAAACCCCAUUCUAUGUCAAUGGUGUUAAUCUAUAAAACUUUUUUCUUGACACAAACAAAAUUUGGAUCUUCUCAUUGAGGGCUGACUUGUAUCUGGACCAGUACAGUAAGACUAAUAAUCACUAACUGGUUGGAGGAAUUGGAAAAAGGCAGAAAAUUCAUCCAAUAUUUGUUUUAAAAUGUAGUUUCUCAAUAUUAUAAAUGUAUAAGGCAGAAUAUGUAGAAAAUUUCCCCCACAUUUCCUUGGGAUCUGGUGACGUGAGUCCACACAGUGACAGAAUUUACAGUCGAGCUUUAAAAAUAUGAGUUCACUGAGUGUUCAAGCGCCUUUCCUGUCACAUUUUUCUCUGCGAGUCAACAUGUGUGAAAGACUUAUCACCCCGAGCCUGAAUGAGGCCGCAUACUGACAACACCCCUUCUUAUAUAACCUUGAUAUGAGGUGCUGAUAGGUCCCUAUAGCUUCUGUACCACACACAUCAAAACUGCAAGUCUAUCAUCAUGUCUUUUAUUAACUCUCUGUAACCUCCCAUAGCUGCGGGGCUGCAGGUGCAUGAGUUCAAUUGACUGUUUCAUGUAUUUGCCGAAGUUUCGUAAAGGUGUAAGUUGCACUGGCAUUAAUCUGUGACACGGCAAACAAAAAUAAAUCAAUCAAUACAAAGUAACUCUGGGUUACAGGAGCUGUCCCCAUUCGUCUCUGUCCAAAUUCAAUCACAGUGUGGAUCGACACCAGAGUGAGAACAUUCGUCUCUCCAGUCUAGAUCUGUCGUCUGUGGUAGAAAUGUGAGUUUUAGGAGAGUUUGUACGAUUGCUGUUACCCCAUCCAAUAGAGAGAAACAUUCCCAAGUUAGAUAAAUCAAAAUGAAUAAUUAAGAUAGUACAAACACACAGCAAGAAGCGGUGGACUGCCUGCCUCCAUGAAAGUUUAAUGGCUGCCAUCUGUACCCGCUACAUUAGAGCAGCAAAGGAGAACGUAUUUGUGGGCUUAUGUUGCAUGGACAAUAACAUAGUGUACUGUAAAAUUCAGUGUAUAGGAUGCCCUUUGAACUACUUUAACGACUACUAGACAGGCAUUGCAAUGUUUUAAUGCUUCAGAGUGCAAAGCAUUGUGGAUAAAUAACUUGGCAGACCAAUCUAGCAGCACACUUUUCUUCUUCAUUAGGUCACAGUCAUGAGUUUCUCAAAGACGGUGGUACCAUAGACUGUUAUUACUAUAGACAACUUGGCUCCGACUUCCGUCAUUAUAUGAAUUUAAGGCUAAAUUGCUCUUGGUAUUUCUGAGAUUUUCUCCAUUUCCUGAAACCAACAUUGCACAUUAGCGUUGUAUGCAUUCAGGAGAGUUGCUGCGAUGACGCUUGGCUCAAAUAGUGUACCCCCCAGGUGAGCUACGUAAACUUUGUACGCCUGUAGGCUGUAUCAAAGAAGACUUGAGAAUUCUAUAUACAGUCUAUGGGCUCUAUUUUUGUGCCCGCCGGCAGCACGGCAGAGAGUGGCGCACCCCAUGAAGUGGUAUUUUUGUCUGGCGGAGCCCAGCACACAGCCAGUUUGGUAUUUUCAAAGACUGAGGCGCACUGAGGUCCGCCAAGCUGGGCGUGGUGGCGUGGUAGGGGGGGAGGUGUCGACAGAAUCAGCUGGCUCAGUGACAUUUUCGUGCUCGCUGGCGGCAAAGAAAGUGUGCUGAAAGCUUGCUGGUUCAACCUGGUCAGCUUUCAGCCCAGGCUGAGCGCAGCUGGUCUAGUGGUAUUUUAGUACACUGGCAGCGAAGUGCGCAUACGCCACUGAUGCCUCACCAGCAGGUUUCCAUAGUGUCAGGCACAUUUCAGUGAAUAAAUAACCUACAACAAAUAAUAUUCUGAGUCAGCUGAUGUGAUUGGGGAAAACAGGUCUUGGCUGUGUACAACCCAUUACACACCUUAUCUCCUCCCUCUCUACGACUUACGCUGCUGGGUGGAGCUGAGUUAGGGAGGGGGAAUACUUACGCCAGGCUGCGCUGCUCACCAAAAUACCAAAAUUUGCUUGGGCACGCCUUAUCAGCACGGCGGACCUGACUUACGCUGCGUCUGCGCCACGCCACCGGCGAGGCACGAAAAUAGAGCCCUAUGGGUGUUACACUAUAAAAUGAAUACACCUUUUAUUGGCUCCUCAAUUUAGGACAAAAGUGAUCAGGCUUGCCUCUGCUAACUGGUUUCAAUGAAUGCGUCUGUCCAUACUUUAACCAGGAUUAGCUUAGCUCAACAACCGUAUGGGUGUUGAUAUCAGAAAGCUACACAUCUGCAUAGAAACUGCACAUUGUUGACAUUGAUACAAGUCUUCCUGUCAAAAACAGACAAUCGUGAUAGUAUUUCCUAGUUUUAGGGUAAUAUUAGUCAGAGAUUUGCUUGAGCUGUUUUGAGUUUCAGUGUCCACUAUAGGAGUUAUUUUACACAAACCAUUAGAUAUACCUCCAUUCAAACUGUACAUGCAGCAGUCACUGGUGAAAAAGGUACAUUUCUUUCCUCUCGUGCUGCUGUCUGUUCACAUUUCUGUUGCUAUGCAUUUCAUCACGUCGCCUUAACACUGAUUGCCUGUACAAUUGCCUCCAGAGGUAUUUUCACAUGCUAACACCCUGCAAGAAAACAGAUAAAUUAAGGUGUUCCUGACCUGUUCAAAGGGCUCUGUCAAAGCCAGGCUGUAGUAAAGGUAGUUAACAAUAAAAUUUCCCCCAAAACAAUCAAUUGAUCUGAAACAUUAAAAGGCAUAAUCCCUUUGAAUUUAUUUCUCUUUAGCCAGAUGAAGUGUGUAGUAUUAUGUGUAUUUGUGGAGAGUGUGGGUCCCCCUGUGUCUCAGUUUCUUCUUUUGAACGUUUCGCAGCAUCAAUCAUUGUGCGGUGUGAUGCUCACAGCCAACAGCCCACAGGUCAGGACAAAUAGAAAACGUGCGCGGACCACUUAACACUGCGAUCGCUCUCCUCCGUCCUAGUCUGUCUGCAUCAGACCUAAACAUAUGAUAUUUGCCAAUCUGUGAAUCACAGCAGUUUUUGUGAGGCUGCAGGUGUGACGGAGAGCAGGAGACACGCUGCAGGAUGAAGCACAUGAACAAAGGCUGCGAACAAACAAACAAACAAACAAACAAACAAACCUGGGCCGCUCUGUGCAAAACUGGGAAUUAAUCAGAGUGAACCUGCUGUGACACAGUUAGAAAAAUAACAUCUGUCAAAUUUACCGCUUGACUUUUCUUAACAGUGGCCCUCUCUUCACUUCACUGCCACUGUAGUUGGAUCAGCCACCUGAGCUAGCUUUUGUUUGUGGCAACUUUGGAUUUGCAAAUAUAACCAAAGACAAACUUGCUACUUGGCUUGCUUCUCUAGUUAUACCGACUUAAGUAACGACCAAACGAUUGCAAUACACAGCAGUCUGAGGAGCCAUCAGCUGCUGAACUUCAUCAGCAGUACAUAUGGGUCCCAGCCACAACACUAGUCACCAAACAACUUUUUAACUUUGAUUAAUUUCUUUCGCAAAAAGACUAAACACAACUCACCCAAUCUCCCCAAGCAGCCGCUUAUUUGUGGGAGGAGCCUUGACGAGUCGAUCACUGAGUGCAGCGGAGUUUUGCAGCUCAAGGAAGAACAUUUAUGAUCAUUUCUUUAUCAUUUCCAUGAAGUGAUAAUCAUCAUAAUAAUCAUUUUGCACUGCAGACACGGUAGUCCAUCUACCUUAGCGUCUCGGUCUGAUUGCAUUUCCAUGAAGUAAAAAUCAUAAAUGUUUUUCCUUGAGCUGCGAAACUCCCUUGCACUCAGUGAUCAACUCAUCAGGGCUCCACCACAAACAAGUGGCUGCUGGAAGAGAGAGUAGGUGAGUUGUGUUUAGUCUCUUUGCUAAAGAAAUUAGGCAAAGUUAAAAAGAUGUUUGUAGCUAGUGCUAUGACUGGGACUCUAUAUGUACUGUUGAUAAAGUUACGUGCUGUUCUGAGCAUUAUUUGUGGCUAAAGAGUGGCGUUAUAACUAGAGAAGCAAGCGGUCGGCAACAUUCAUCUCUCGAGGGGGUGUCUACAUCAGUGUUAUGGAGUGUUUGACCUUAACUUAAUUUUACGCCGGAACAUCCUUUAAGUUUCAAUUGCUGACAAAUUUGAAAACCUUAAAAGAUGUUAAGUUUCUGUUUUUUCUUUGUUCUGUUAUUUCAAAAGGACUACAAAAGAGAUUUUAUAGGUUAGCGUUGUUAUUCUGUAAGUCUCAGGCAGUUUCAUUUUGAAGUCUCUAUGAGCCAAAUCCUUCACGUUUGGUAUGGAAAUGAAAAAAGAAAGAAUCAUAAAAUCUGUACAGAACUACACACAAAGACACACACCUGCACACAUUGCAUGUAUAAACUGGCCCUGCUAGAGAACAGUGCUGAUGGUGUCAAAGUCCUUGCUGAUUUGGGAGCUGCUGGGUAGUGACUUGAGGUACUCCAGGUGCCUCCUGGCAUCCUCCUGAUUGUGUCUGACAUAGUAAAUGACAUAUGCAAUCACCAUGGUGAACCAUCCAAACAUGGUGACGAACAUGGCUACAUCUGUGGUCUUGUGGUGAAAGUUGCAGAAGUUGAUCCCUGAGUCCAGCACCUGGAUUACCGGUUUGCCGGCGUAUUCCUCCUGCACGGCAGUGUGGCAGAUCACUUCAUUCACUGUCUCUGGGUCCAGACGCAGCUCCCUCAGGACCUCCUGCAGCGUGCACUCGCAGUGCCACGGGUUGUUUGAGAAGCUGAUUUUUGCCCUUAGUCGGGCAAAUGCCUCUUUGGGGACACUUUGGAUGCGAUUGUUUGAUAGAUCCACGAUGAGGAGGCUGUCAGAAACGCCUUGAAAUGCUCCAACAUCGACAGUCUCGAUGUCGUUGUUGGAAAGGUCCAGCUCUUGAAGAUAGUGCAGGUCUCUGAAGGCGUGGUUUGGGAUGUGAGUGAUGUGGUUGGAUGCCAAAAGAAGAACGACUGUAUCUCUUGGAAGAUCUGAUGGGAUCUUGUCUAAGUUGCGAGACAUACAUUGAACCACGGUCAUGCCGCUCUUCUCUAUGCAAUGACACAUUGAGGGGCAAGCCUUCACCGGUGCGCUCCCCACGAAUAAUCCAAACAGCAAGCCCCAGAGGAGGGCAAAGCCAUGACAGAGAGGGGGCUUCUUGGGCUUCUCAUGCCCUGAAAAGUUCUGCAUAUUCAGCAGCAACCUCUCCUGAGUCCUGUCAGGCAAAAGAAAUCAUAGUUUCACCUGUUCCUUUACAUGAAACGCUGAUGAUUGCAGCUUUACUGGCUUUUAAAAUUCCAAAAUUAUCCGUUUAUUCAUGCAAACAUUCGGGAUUAUCUUGCGAGAUUCCUUCCAAUUCAGUGUAAGAGUUUCAGAUAAUCUUUCGGAAAAGAUUUCAAAAGAGGUCAUCCAAAAUCGGAGCUGCUCUCUGAGCAUAUUCCAACAAGGAUCGGUAAUCCCAGGUUUAUUUUGAGAACAUUGUAAGCCUCAGAGAGUCAAGUGCACCACAAGAAACCCUCGCAUCAACAUGGCAUGUGGUGACCUGGAAACAAAAAGAAAAGUGUUAUUCUUUGACGGAAAGAUUAUAAAAAAGUCCCCCAGAGGCAGAUUAAAAUAGACGUAUCAGAUUCAUCAAACGACCCCUGCGAAGAUAUCUCAUCUUCCAAGUGAACAGGCAAUUGCUUUUGUCCUCUGUAAGUGAGCUGAGUAAAUGCUAUUCCCACAAUGUUUACAAAUGUAUAAUGUGAUUAUUGAGAAAAAUCCAUUGCACUUUAGCAAAUCUCAUAAACCGGCAGGGCAGCGUUCGCUCAUUCAAUUAAGGACGACCUAAUAUUGUUCUGCCAUUGUUUACGAACCCUACAUGAAUUAUCCUUUGAUACCAGAGCACAGCGGUGAAUAUCAAUCACUUUUUAGCCAGCAUUUUACCAUAUAGGUUGACAAAGACAGAAAAAGCACAACAAUGAAUAGGCUAUCAUGUUUGUUUUUCCUGCACAGCUCCCUCACACUUCAAGGACUACUGUCACAUUUGUAAGAAUAGCUGCAAGCCUCAAAUUUACUCCAUCUGUCUGUCCUGCAGGAGGAUCAACACUUUAGCGCUGUGCACCCUCUGCUGGGCUCAGCUGAACACACAAUGAGACCCUCGCUGUGUUCGAGGUCAUCCGCCCCACGGAGCUCCGUGUCCUCUUCAUCUCAUUUUUCACUUCUUCUCCUUGUCUUUAGUGGAGGAGCUUCGUAGCUUGAAGCCAUGCAGACACACAAACACACACACACUCACACACACAUCAUACAGGCCCCUGCGAGUCUUAAAUAAGACCCUCACGUUCACGUCAGCCUGGGCUCAGCAUGAGGUGUGGGCAAGAUGUGGCAUCCACACACACGCAAGGGCGGUUCACACACCCCUUCGAGAGUAAAACUGGACAUUUAUUUCAGGCUGUUUUUACUGUUGCAUAACUUUUUUUUUGCCUGAGCUUUUGGUAUCAUGUGUUUAACCUUUAUUUUGAAAUAAGGUGACAAUAUAGGUGCAUUUAGGUCAGAUAUCAGUCAUAUCUGUGGAAACAUUGGUACAAAUGCCUUUUAAGACUCCUGUGAAUAAGAGUAUGUUUUUAUGGGUCUAUAAGUCUAUGUUUCUUUUUAUUUUUUAUCUGUUUCUCUUAUGCUAUUGGGACUUGAGCCUGUAAUAAAACUCAUAUAUCUGACUCUUAAAUAUCUACGUUUACCAAAGUUUUACAAGGAAAUGAGAUAUUCCAGUUAAAUCACAGGCUAAAAAUUAAAGUGAAUUUAUUGUUUUAUCUUCUGGCAAGAAGGAAAAAACAGAAGAAAAACUCAGAGAGUUGGAGUACAAUGAUUUUUCUCAAAGCCAAAUCAACAGCCUAACCUUCUUUUGUGUAUUUACAUUGUAUUACCACAUGGUUUUAUAUGUAAAUAUUAGUGGUAGGAGAAAAAAAUCGAUUCACAUAAGUAUACAAUUUUUUGUUUUAGAAUUUUUAAGUCGAUUUUUAUGUUCAAAAAUUGAUUUAGAAUAACUCUUAAAAACAGACUAACAUGUGAUUUGUAUUUUCAGGGCAAAUAUCAUCCCUGGAAUAGUCAGUACACAAUCAGAAUCAUUCAGCUGUUUCAUUAGUGUUGCAAAUGCAGAUUAAAUACCGAGAAAAUCGACAAUAUCGUAGAAUCGCAAUUUAAAUCGGAUCGGCAUCCCUUGUAAAUAUUACAGCAUUUGUGAGCUAGUUUAAUGUCACAGUAAAGACUCAUACUUGUUGAGAACCUUACCUGAAAAAUGUGAAGUAAUGACCACUCCUGUCGUCCGUCUCGUGCUUUUACAAAAGGUGUCCUUAAUAGUCCAAUUGUUCUAGUUUGGUCUUGAAAAGCUCGUAUUAUCCUUCGUUUGAACCUUUACCAAAUAAAAAGUAGCAUACACCACGCGAGCCUUCUGCGUCCACGUCCACGAGAACCGCAAAGUUACAGGGCUGCACGCGAGAGAGUUCCUAAAUCCCCGCGUGUCUUCAGGAGCGGCUCCUUUUCUGUCUCCUCUCCACACCCAGCCCGACAGUCUCACUUGUUGAUGCUGAUGUUGAUCGUGCUGGUCUCCCGUGGAUUCCAGUAGCCGCACCUGUCCGACUCAUCACGCGCCUCUCCCUCUCUCUCUCUGCACCGUGCGCGCGUCGCUCCAGAAGGAGUCCCGGCUGCGCGUGGAAUGGUUGUGCUCUUCUGCUGGCAGCUCUGCUCGUUUUCACUCUCCCUCUGUGUGUCUGUCUGUCUGUCUGUCUGUCUGUCCUCCUCCCUCGGCCGCCCAGCGCGCACCGCCCCUCUCCCCUGAGCCCCCCGCUCCGCUCUAAAACAAUUACCCUGUCAAAUAAGACCGUUUAGUCUGAAAAUCGUUCCUGGAUGCAAAACAAGAGAGACACGACCACUGCUUUGGAGAAGUGUGUUUAGCUGUUAAUCAGGUAGGGGAGCGAACACCUGCACCAACAUUAUCUUUGAGGCUGUUAAAGGUGUUCAGUUUGAUUUCCUCACACAAUAUUAUAAUCAGUCUCCAUACACUACACUGAUAAAGUCAUAAUAGAAAGUGGAAAUCAAUCCUCAUGUAAAACAACCUAACUCUUGACCUCAUGUGUCGGAUGAGAACUGAUGUAUUGAUCGCUUUAAUCACCUCAAGUCCUGCAUCCAACAGACAAUCAAGACGCCUGCAGUGAAUCAGGAUGUCCACUCUCGCUGUUCUCUGCUGAUAAUUACAAUGUGAAGGUUGUUUUCACAGUCAUAUAUGACGAGCAAAGGAGGAUAUGUGUCUCCAAUUUGGUAGGUUACUUCAAGCUGCUUGGCUUUCUGUGACUUGAUUACACCAAAUGCAAGAAACACUGAAAACUAAUCUAUACACUAAACCUGAUUACUGUUGAUUACGGUCAAACACACUGCAACAGUGAGUUAGGCACUCUGUUCGAGAGAUGAAUGUUGACGACCGCUUGCUUCUCUAGUUAUACCAACUUUAGUAAGGACCGCAUGAUAGCAAUACACGACAGUCUGAGGAGCCAUAAACAAACCUCAACCAAAACACCACUCUAUAGCCACAAAUAAUGCUCAGAACAGCACCUAACUUCAUCAACAGUUUGAGACUAAACACAACUUACCGACUCUCUUCCAGCAGAUGCUUGUUUGUAGCGAGACCUCAGGCCAGUCCAUUACGGACUACAGCGGGGUGACGCACCUCAAGGAAGAACAUAUAUGAUCAUUUCUUCAUGGAAAUUCAAUGAGAAGAAGAUGCUAAGGCAGAAGAGCUAUCACAGAAAAACUGCAGAGAACCAAAUACAACUCACCCACUCUCCUCCAGCAGCCGCUUGUUUGUGGGGGAGCCCUGAUGAGUUGAUCACUGAGUGCAGUGGAGUUUCGCAGUUCAAGGAAGAACAUUUAUGAUCAUUACUUUAUCAUUUCCUUGAAGUAAUAAUCACCAUAAUAAUCAUUUUGCACUGCAGACGCGGUAGUUCUUCUGCCUUAGCGCCUCGGUCUGAUUGUAUUUCUAUGAAGAAAUGAUCAUAAAUGUUCUUCCUUGAGAUGCGUCACCCCACUGUAGUCUGUAAUGAACUGGCCUGAGGUCUCGCUACAAACAAGUGGCUGCUGGAAGAGAGUAGGUGAGUUGUGUUCAGUCUCUUCUCUAAAGAAAUUAGUCAAAGUUAAAAAGAUGUUUGGUGGCUAGUGCUGUGGGUGGGACCCUAUACGUCCUGUUGAUGAAGUUAGGUGCUGUUCUGAGUAUUAUCUGUGUCUAUAGAGUGGUGUUUUGGUCAAGUUUGUUUAUGGCUCCUCAGACCGCUGUGUUUUGCUAUCGUUUGGUCGUUACCAAAGUUGGUAUAACUAGAGAAGCAAGCGGUCAACAACAUUCAUCUCUUGAGGGGUGCCUAACUCUGUGUGUUUGACCCUAGAUCAAUUUUACGCUGUUAUAUCCCUUUAAUUACACCAAAUGCAGGUCAGAAACACUGAAAACUAAUCCAUACACUGAACCUGAUUACUGUUUAAUUAAGGAGAUGUCUAAAUGUGAAUACGCAAACAAGAAUAUUUCCUCACACUGUGCUUGCAAAUGAUGAAAACUCUGUUAUCUCUCAAUUUUAUCAUAAAGAAUAAGCUUUAUCUUUUCACUAAAGUGGCAUGACAUAACAUCUUGUUGUGAUUUGAUGCUAAAAUUAAACUGACGUGCACAGAGUCAACACCACAGUGACUAUAAUUCGCAACAGUUUGGCAAAUGAGGUCACAUCCCAUGUAACCUUGGCGGAUUGUGUGUUCAUGACUGCACACAAGGUGGCAAAUUUAGCAUUGUUGUUUUUUUUCCUGUAAUCAGAGGAACAGGAAGCAUUAAAUUUAAUGUAAUAAAGUCUGCUUGGAAAAAAAGGUGAUUUGAAUCUGAAUCUCAGAGUUUCUUGUAAAUGGUUUUUAUAAUUUGACGAUAAAACAGCGUCGUGUUAAUCUCCAAAAAGUCUCCCAAAACAGAGUCUUCGGAAAGUGAGUUCAACCAACCGGCUCAAUUGCAUUUUCUCUCCCCUGUGAUUGAUAUAUAGGUCAGCUGGUCCCAAGGUUCCAUGUGUACGAGUCCUGUCCUGCCGCAGACUCCAACCCACAGCGAGCCAGCUGGUGUGA